CUCUUCGAUGUUCAUCUCUCUUUUCCCCUGCCUAAAUCACUGUGGGUUGCAGGGAAGAAAAUGUUGGUUCCUCUAACGGCGUCGCUUUAUGUACCAGGUACUCUGGAUGAUGCUGAUAUUGGGACUGGGUAUUAUGUGGAGAAAACUAUGGCAGAAGGAAAGGAUUACUGUGAGCGUAAAAUAAACCUGCUGCAGUCCAAUUAUGAUCAGCUUCUUGAUAACUCACAGAGGUCAGAGGGGGUCUUCCCUGAUCACGAUGACCCCACUCCCUAAUCACAUCUCUCCUCCUCAGCCACCGCCACUGCCCACCGACGAUUUGGGUCCUCGGCCACCAUCAACCUCCUAUGAACCCAGUGCUGAGCCUCCCAGAGACGCACCUCCUCCUCCUCGGUUCGACCCUAGCCGAAUGAUUGGUAUUAUUAGAAGGAAGGCAUUGAUAAAAGAUUUGGCAGCCAUAUACCAUGCAGAGGGCCUUACAUAUUGUCAACAACUUUUGGAACUCCAAAGAAAAUUUGAAGAGCCACAUAUAGAGAUUAAGACUCCAGAAGACACAAGGAAAGAGAUGGCAAGGCCCACAAAGCGCAUGAAGAAAACUCGUUAGGAUAUCAAUAGCAGCUUGAUUCAUUCCUUUUUAAGGUCCUCCUCAGGGUUUCCAGUAUCAUAUACAGCUUGGUCCAAGUAAUCUGCUGCCUAAAAAAUAUGUAAGAGCAUCACCAUCUGUGAAUAAUGUGGAGUUAUUAGGAUGAUAUGGAGGUGAGAGAUGAUGAUUUGGAGGAGAGAGGAGAGAGGAAAUUUAAUUUGCAGGAAGAUAGGUUAUUUGUGGGGCCCAAGAAGAGAGAGGAAUGUGAAGAAAGCCUGAAGCUUACGCGUUGAAGCGCACGGUGUGCGCCCUCGUGUACUGCACGCGUCCUCUGGGCGCGUGAAUGAGCAUUUAUAUAUAUGUUUUUUGUUGGUA